UUCUUACGUGUCUCUUUUUUAUUUUUCAAAUGGAAAGUUUACCUCUUAUACCCGGCUAUAUUUUUCACGAUCCAAGUAUUCAAGAUUACAGACUCGGGCACAGAUUAGACUUUUUAAAUGGUUUUCGAAUAUUAAAUGACAGUAAAUUCGGUAUUGGGGGAAGGCCUAUCGAUGCUGCAUCUCUUGCCUAUAUAGAGGAGAAUGAUCCUAUACAAUACGAUCCAUCGCUAACGUACGGUCGUGUACGUGAUUACGGAUAUCAACGGUUUGUACCACAUUACGCAUUGUUCGCGCAAAAAUGUCUUCGUUUUAAGGCUUUCUUUCGUCAAGGAGUUUUUCAUUCUCCGAACGAACAUUUUCGCAUUCGUCAUGUAUACAUUAUAUAUUUCUUAGAAGACGAUACUUUAUGUGUAAUGGAGCCUUCUAUAGAAGAUGCUGGCUUUUCGCAAGGUAAACUUGUAAAGCGUAAUAGAAUUGCAAAAACUAUCGAUGGUGAUUAUUUCCACUGGAAAGAUCUUAAUAUUGGUAAAGAUAUAUGCAUUUAUGGGAUAGUUUAUCAUAUUAUUGAUUGUGAUCUAUUUACGAGAGAAUUUUUGAAUAGUCAGGGUAUAGAUGUAGGAGAUAAAGAAGACACGCCGAUAGAUCCGUACAUAGAAGAACGUAAACUGAAAUCUAAAGUUACAACAUGUCUUACUCGAAUACCCGACGAUACUAGGCGACGUUUUUUAGAAUAUGAUAGGAUGAUUUUAUCAUUUAAUGCCAAAUGGAAUGACGAUUUUUAUCAAAUAAUGUAUUUCUUAAUGGACGAUACCAUAGCAAUACGCGAGCUUCAUAAACCCAACAAUGGCAAAGAUCCCGUAGUAAUGCUUUUAAAGAGAAUAAAAGUACCGAAAAAUUGGAAAAACCUUCCAUCAUCCUAUCCAGGAAUAUAUAUGGAAUAUGGAGACCAUGAAAUAAUAGAAUAUUACACGCCAAAAGAUUUUAAGAUAGGUGAGACAAUAUUUAUAUUUGGGAAACAAUUCUUUUUAUACGGUUGUGACCAUUUUACGAGAAAAUAUUAUUCUGAGGUAAUGAGGAUAAUUCAGCCCAAUGAUAUUUCUCUCGAUUUUCCUACUGAUCGGUCAAAACCUUUGUCUGAAUUUAAAAUACCUCCACAUAUCAAAUUUGGAACGCCCGAAGACACAUACGCUUCAUGUUUAUCCUUUAGAUCUAAACCACUUAAAAAAGAUGUUAUACGACAAUUAACUAACUUUCCUCGAAAAUUACGUUAUUCUAUGAAAUUGGAUAACGUACAUCCUGAAGAUCAAGAUCGUGACUUUAUUUUAGAAUACAAUUUAAGCGAAGGUACUAUGUUAAUAAAAGAGCUCGAAAAACGUAAUUCUGGCCGUCGUGAAGGGUGCUUCUUGAAAGCCACACUAGUUGCAAAACCUGCCACUGAUAGAGAUAAUCCAUUAUAUUACACACCGCAGGACUUUUUUAUUGGAGCUCAAAUUAAUAUUUUUAAUCAUUACUUUACUAUAAACGGCGCUGAUCUAUUUGUAUAUCGUUAUAUGGAAGCAAAUCCUGAAAAAUUUAGUCAGCAGAUAAGAGAUAAUAUUCGCAAUUAUUUUGUACAACAAGAACUACUUCAAAAUGAUAUAAUAAUAGAAACUAAGAAAAUACAACAAAAGCAACACGAUGCAGAUAUCUUUGGUGAAAAAGAAAUAGGGAAUGAAAUUUCUCUAAAUUCUCAAAUUUGUAACGACGUUGAAGGAAAAACAAAAGAAAUGUAGUGAAACAUAAAAUAAAGUCUUCCAUCAGUGCCUUGGUUUGGCUACAGCAAAUCUAUUAAAUAAAUCUAUUGUUCUUUGUCCAUUACAGGAGAGAUACAGAGAAAUAUCAAAUAUUUAGAAUUUAAUAAGAAAUAUAAUCAACAUUCAUGCACGCUAUUUUAAUGUUAUUAUCAAAAUCAUAUGACUUACUAUAAUCCCACGAUCCUCAGAAUAUAUUAAUCAAUUUCUCUCUGAAAAUGUAUAAAUAUAAAGAUAAUUUAAGAGGAAUAUUUCUUUGACAUCAGUAGAUCCAACUCAAGAUCAUAAUAUUACUGGUAUUGUGUGUAUUUAUAUAUUGCAGAAGGUAAAUAAUAAUCAUCGAUUAUUGCAAAUGUGUUAUCACUUUUGCAUAAACUAUGAAUUAUAAAAGUCAUUUUAGUCUAUACAAAUGUUAUUGUUUCAUAAAGAGAAAUAGUUUACAAUCAUGUAAUAUAAGUUUUGUUUAAGUGUAAAUAAACUGAAGCAGAAAUCUAGUGAUACUAUUUUAGACAACCGUCAGCCAUUGCUGACCAUUUAAUUAGUCAAUUUAAUUAACCGAUAAUCAUAAGUAAGGCUAAUGAAAGGAAGGAAGUAAUCUUUCCUUUUUAAAUAUAUUUUUUACAUUGUAAAUUUUCUAUAUAUAUAUAUAAUGUUAUAUAUAUAGUUGCCUAAAAUAUUGAUUUACUACUUGCAUUUGCAGAUUGUAAAAUUGAUAGAUAAUAUAGAUUACUGUUUUCUAAAUUACGUAGCACUUUCAUCAAAAGCAUAGUUUUUAGAUAGAGAUGAUCUAGACAUAAUAAUCUAAGCCUAAUAGAAAAAUGCAAAAUAAAUCUGUUCCAUUGUAGAAAUAAUUCUAAUUUGCAAGAUAUAUUUUUUGUAUCCAUUCUAGAGAUUAUACUAUUCCACAAGAAAAAUUAUAGUAACAUAUUUAACAAUAAGAAUCUUGCUUUAUGAAAUACAUGUCAUAUUGUAAAAUAAUAAUCAUCCAUAUUAUUGUUUAAGUUACAAUAAAGUAACUAUACAAUA